AUGUCUCCGGCGCUCACUCAAGCCGGCACGACUGUUUCGUCUGGCCUUGGGACAGCGUCUAAUUCUACCCAGACCAGUGCAUUUCCCGACGGACUCAAAACAUGUGGCCAGGUUCCCCCAAUAUACAGUCUUCUUCGUCCCUACGAAGAAUAUCCAAAGGAAGUGACUGGCCCGACAGUAUGGAAAGCGGAAGAUUACCGCGAUCAUCCUGAACGGUGGACUCAUCCACUAAGUGUUCUAGAGAUUGACGAAUUGAGUCAAGCCGCAGAGAACUUUAUUGCAUCUGCAAUGCCAUUAACCGGGAUCAGCAAGGCCCAUUUUCCUCUUCCGACAUUGGCGAAAUUUCUGAGUGAGGUUCGCGAGACUCUCCUCGACGGCAAAGGCUUUAUACUUCUGAAGGGUAUGCCCGUUAGAGAAUGGGGUUUACACAAGUCGGCCGUGGCAUAUAUGGGAAUGGGGACACAUCUGGGUUACUUCGUCAGCCAGAACGGCCGAGGCCAUGUCCUGGGUCACGUUAAGGAUUUAGGAGAGGAUGCUACCAAGACAGAUCGCGUCCGAAUCUAUCGAACCAAUGCGAAACAAUUCUUCCACACGGAUGGUGCCGACCUAGUAGGACUUCUCUGCAUGGCCAAGUCGCUUUCCGGUGGCGAGUCUGAUAUCGUCUCCAUGCAUCAUGUAUUCAACACGUUACAGCGUGAGAAUCCCGAUGUGGUCCGUACACUGACCGAGCCAAACUGGUAUUUCGACCGUAAGGGCGAGACUAGCGUGGGCCAGGAGGAGUGGAUCAGGAGUUGUGUGUUCUAUCUCGAGAACGACCCAAAUAGCAACAACUCUCCGCGCCCGUACGCAAAGUUUGACCCGAAUAACGUGACGUCUCUGGCGAGAUUUAAUUCAGGCCCCAAUGCAGUUAUACCGCCUCUGUCUGAGAAGCAGCUCUACGCAAUGAAGGUUCUUGAUGAAACCUGCACUAGGCUUGCGCUUCAUAUGAUCCUCGAGCCUGGAGAUGUUCAGCUGUUGAGUAAUCCGCAUGUUUUCCAUGCGCGAACUGCCUACACUGAUUAUCCUCCGGGAUGUCGCGAUGAUAAUGGAGACCCAGUGCUUAGAAGGCAUUUGAUGAGACUAUGGCUGGCUGUACCAGAGACAGAAGGGGGUUGGAAGCUUCCGUAUGCUAGCAGCAAAGAAAAGAAGAGAGGCGGUGUUCAGGUAAAUAACACCCCACCUGCUGCACCAAUCGAUGCGGAGUGA